AUGAGUAAACGAAAUCAUUCUCGGAAUGCAUUGAAAAGAAAUACGUUACAUGUGAAACAAGAUAAACAACCAAAAUCGAUGACUCCAACUGCAAAACAAACGAGAGAAACAACAAGUGGACGAAAAAAGCCGGCACUUUUAAAACCGCUUUCACAAAUUAGAAGUAAGGCGAAUAAUGUUUGGAGAAUUUUGGCUCAUAUUGGUUCGGGUGGAUUUGGAGAUGUUUAUAAAUGUGAACUGGGAGGAGGUCAACCUGAUACGGUUUGAGAUCAUCCUAAAUUUUUGAAAAAUUUGUUUGUUUUUUUUUCAGUUUUUUGCAAUGAAAACUGAAUCCGAAAAUACACAACUGAAACGUCUUCGAGUCGAACUUCAAAUCCUUGAAGAAAUUACAGCUUAUUGUAUGACAAAACAGAUUGCACAUCAUUUCUGUAAACUUUUUGAUUCUGGAAACACUCAAGAUUUCUUUGUGCGUUAAUUUUGAACCUAAAUGUUCAUUUUUCCAAAAUUUGUUUUUUUUUUCAGUGGAUUGUGAUGACAUUAAUUGGCCCAUCUUUGCAAACAAUUCGAAAAAUAUUGCAUAAACAGUUUACGAGAACAACAACUCUCAAAAUGUCACUUCAAAUUUUGGAUGCGUUGAAAAUAUUGCAUGAUGUCGGAUUUAUUCACAGAGAUUUGAAACCGGGAAAUGUUUGUGUUGGUGUUCCGCCGAAAGAUGAUCAUAUUUUAUAUUUACUUGAUUUUGGAAUUUCACGCAGAAUUUUCCGCUCACAAGAAUCAAGAGAGUUGAGGGUGGGUAAACACUUUUGAAACGAAUUUCACAAAAACAAUACUCAUUUUAGAAAGAACGAAAAAAAGUUCCAUUUUUUGGAACUCGAAAAUUCUGUACUCGCGCUUGUCAUCUUGAACUUGAUCAAGGAAGAAAAGAUGAUAUUGAAACAUGGAUUUAUACAACUCUCGAUCUUUUACACAAUGAAAAAGGUCUUCCAUGGGCGGAUUUGUGUUCCGAUCCAGCAAAGUUAUUUGAGAAAAAGCAAGCAUUGUUUGAGAAUCCUUCGAAAGAACUUCAUUCAUGUGUUCCUCCACAAUUUUGUACAAUUAUAGAAUAUGUGAAAAAAUUGAAAUUUGAGGAUGAAGUUGAUUAUGAUAUAAUUGAAACUGCGAUUAAAAGUAUAGCAAAAGAAAGAAAAUUGAAUUUGAAAGAUAAGUUUGAUUGGAAAGGAAGAUUGGAAGAGCUGAUGAGGGAAAAUGAAGGAAAUAAACAUAAUCGCAAAAAAGGAAAAAAUGAAGAAAAAGGAGAGGAAACAUUGAUGAUGGAGAGAUUACAGAAAAAAGUUAAAAAUAAUAAAAUGUAAGUUUUUGAAUUAUGAAUAUGUUUUUUUUCAUAUAAUUAAUAGAAUUUCAGUGCUGAUGAACAUCAAAAUGAUCAAACAUUUUCCAAAGAUGAUUAUAAGAGUGAAGGAAACAAACAAAAGAAUACUGAAACUCGAAAUUUGAGAAGAAAACAUCAAACAAAAACUGCUUUGAACAGUGAAUCAACAACCAAAAAGACUGUCCCUGAUGAACAUGACUUUUGA